AAACAAAGGGUGUUUGCUCUCGGUUUGUAGCGUCGAUGAUUUUCCAGUGUUUGUAGAGCGUGUUCUGGAAAUUUUUUUCUUUUUAUGUGCGCGAUAUGUUUUGUCUUACGUCGUUGCUAGUGGAAUAGAAUAUUCUCGAAAGAUUUUACGAACAUUGCCAAGCCAAAAUCAUCUGUUGUUUUUGUUUAUUUCACUUUAUAAUACUGUAGUAAGGUAAAAAGCUAAGAUACGGCAAGGCCUAAGUUAAGGGUCUCGUGUAGUCAGGUCUGCAGGUAGAGAUAGGUAACAGUUGUUAGGGUUAAUUUAAAACACAUCAGGGAAGAAAAAUUAUUUUCUUGCAAGUCUUGAGUUUAUUGAAACUUUUGUGAGGAAUAUCUCAAUACUGCAGUAGAUCUGAAAAUAUGGCCGAUAAUGUUGCAUCCAAGACAAAUGAAGAAGAAAAUCAGAAUGAAACAGAUGUGGAUACUGGUGUAACAAAGCGUUCUCGAGAAGUUACCGUUACAAAGAAUAUGUCACCGAAUUCUGAUAAAACACACAGCAAAGCAAUUGACGUCACCAAAGCUACUACAGGAAGUUACGAAAACGCCCAACAGGAUGACUCACCAAGCACAUCUCCACCCCGAAAAAAAAUAAUUUCGACAUUAAAAGAAAAACUGGCAAAUGAAGAUAUAGCCUACAGAAUGAAACUGGCUCAUGAAAUUGCAGUGGAUAAGGAUUUCAGAUUGUCAGAGUCGUCUGUUGAUUCAACGUCACCUCCACUUUAUGACAAGUCGCCUGAAGCUAACAAAAUAAGAAUGGAGAAAGCAGUUAAAGAUAUUGUUCAAAAAUCAUUUUGGGAUUGUGUACGAGUGAGUCUUGAAAGUAAUCCGCCGAAAUAUGACCACGCAUUUACACUGUUACAAGAGAUCAAAGAUAUCUUGUUGUCACUUUUACCCGCAAACAGAGUGACUUCAUUCCAUAAAAGAAUACAGGAAUAUAUGGACAUAGAAUUAUUCCAACAACAAGCACAAAAUGAUGUAUUGGAUGUGAAGGGUAUAGCAUUAUUUAUCAUUGACACAAUGGCAGCAAUUUGUGCACCUGUUCGAGAUGACCAGGUUGUCGCACUGAGAUCAAUAGAGGAUGUUGUUGACAUGUUUAGGGAAAUCCACAAAGCUUUAGAUUUGAUGAAGAUUGAUUUAGCGAAUCACGCAAUAAAGUCAAUACAACCACAUAUUCAACAACAACAAUUUGAAUAUGAACGUUCACAAUUUGCUGCUCUGGUUCAGGAAUCACCAGAUGGGUUGAAGAAAACACGGAAAUGGCUAACUAUGACGUAUGGUGAAUUACGUGAAAGCUUGGAUCAACUCGAGUCUACAUUAAAUCUCAAUUCUAUAGAAGAAAAGCAAAUAUUUGAGCAGAAGAAAAAGUCAGCUUUGUCACCACUAUCUGUUUUAAAAGCAUCAUUCACCACUCUGAUAUCACCAGACUUCAAACCAGAAAAUAUCCCAGAGACUCUUGAAAUGGAUCAGAAAAGAAUAGAAUCAAUUCAACGUCAAGUAAAUCAGUUAGUUCUUGUGUCAACUAUCAUGAUUACCAGUUGUGGAGUGUUUGGCCAACCGCUUGCCUCGCAUCAGAAAUUUCUCAACCGAAUAAAAAUGAUUUUGAUUACAUUAACAGCAGAUGUUUCCGAUCAGAAAUUGAAAGACACAUUAGAUGGGAUUUCUAUUCAAUGUUGGAAGGAAGCAGUGACUUAUGCGGAAGGAAAAGGGUCAGAAAUUGGAAGAUGUGUUUCAGAUGAAAAAGAGUCUUUCCUGAAAAAUAAAAUCAUCGAACUUGAAGCUUUGCACACACAUCCUGUCUACAGAGUACUCUAUAAACGCACUGUUGAGUAUUUACAAAAUACUGCCAAUACAAUUGCCAAUCAUAUAUCGACUACUCCUCCUAAACUGUCGGAACCGCCUGCUGGAAUUUCUUUCCUGACAUCGGAAUUGAUCAAUGUUGCGCUACAAUAUGCCAAACUUGUGAAUCUAAAUAGAACGGUUUAUGGACCAUUUUAUGUGCCUAUUUUGAAAGAAAUAUUGGGGAUCCCAAAAUCAAAUCCAACUAGUCCAAGAGAAGAAUCUAAAAAGCUGCCUGUGAAUGGAGACGAUCAAGAAAAGCUUGUAACCAAUGCCAGAAAAAAACUUAACAUGGGAACAAAAUUGGCCUUACCAGAUAAUCAAAAGCCUGAAGGAAAAUACAAAGUUACUGGAAGCCUGGAAGAUCUUGACUAGGCUGUUUAGGAAUGUGGACAGUCGAGUACAAAUAGUAGAACACCUGUACACAUUCAUUUUGGUUAUUUUUUUUAUUUGAUCAUGAAAGUUGUUUAGUGACUUUUUACAUCACAUGUUUUGCAAUACAGCUAGCUUUCACUGUUAUGGGUCAUAAGAUUUUUUAGCUUUGUUUGUUUUAUGGUCCUUUGUUAUAUUUCAGUAACUUUCACAUCUUCCCUUCUAUAUGUCAACACCACCAUUGAAUAUUUCAACUUGAAAGCAACCAAGAAUGCAAAUAUAAUUGAUAAUCUUGAUUCUUGACCAAGAUGAUCUUUUUGCCAUGCUUGCCAUAUUUGAGCUUGUAGAUAUUGUGUUGUCCAGCGCUUUGUUCUCGAGGUAUAUUCUAUUUUUCCAAGGUUUGGAAAUUGACUUCAUUGUGUUCUUGUAUAAAUAUGAUAUUUUUUGCACUUUUAUGUUAUGUUAGGGACGCGAUGAAACUAUAUUUGAAAGGAGAAUGCUCAGUCUUAGAUAUCAAUAUUUGUAUAAGAAUUGCACAUGAUUGAGAAAGUGAAUAGCAUGCAGUGAUAGACUGUCAUAAAAUGCCUAUUUUUGGUAUUAAUUAAAUCUCGACAUUUGCUGAAGUAUUCAUUACCCUAUUUAAGGCGGUCUUUGAUUGUGUGUGCCAAGAAGCUGGUUUGAAAUCACCGACCUGGAAAUGGAGCCACUAUGUAUUCAAACUCAGCUAUGGAGCUUCAUUCUUUUAUGUCAGAGCUGUGCUCCAAGAGGGUUUUAAAGUUUAACUAUAUAAAUUCAACUUAAAACUUCUAAAUUGAAAUUUAUAAAAAAUUGUUGGAACGAAUAGAUGUUAUUAUUUGUAUGAAAUAUAUGGAAAUUAUAAAUGUUAAAAAAUAAUCAGAUGGUUGGGAGCUGGUUCCACUGAAAUUUCUGGUAGCUCCGGCUCCAUUUAACAUGGUAUGAUUGGCUCCAGCUCCUCCAAAAUGCGACAGCUCCGGAGAUCCAGGUUGUGUGCUUUAUGUUUGUAUUAAAAACUUAAUUUGUUUCUUGCAUGUAGGUUUUAGGGCCAUUUUUAUAGUAUGUGUGAUGUUUAGAUUUUUGUACUUUAUAUUCAUAAAAUAGAAGCAUGGUGCCUCUAUAUAUUUUGUUUACUCAGAAAUUGUAUAAAUCAUAAUUUUUCUUUGAAUUGUUUUCUCCCAUUUUAUGGGCGACUGGUAGAAUUAUUUAGAAUACCUGAAAGUAGUGAAGUGUUUGCCAUUUACUUCAAUGUUCACAGCCUAAUGGAAUAAAAAUCUUCUACUAGAAAUAUG